AUGCUAAGAGGACAAGGUCAAAAGGACCAUACAAUAGAUUAUAUUUCCUCUUGAAAGCAAGUGUUUUGAAUAAUAAUAUUAAAUUGCACCAUUUUUAUUUCAGGUGUUGAUUGUUGAGUAAAAAAUCAGUUUAGUGAUAAAAACAAUUGGAUUUUUAUUAUUUAAAGUGUGGUAAACUAUUUUAAAUAAAUUGUAAAGUUUAACAAACCAAUGGCAGCUUUUGAAUUGAAAAACCACAUGUUUUUUUAAUGUUUUUAUGCUAAACUAAACUAAAAUGGCUGUACUGAUAAAAACUUUUUGUUUUGAAUUCUACCAAACCGUGCUUCUCAGUGUAUACCAGAUGUGCAGUGUUCAUUUUAAUAAUCUAAAAAUUAAAUUAAACUUAAUUUUUAAUUUUUUUAUUUUUUUUUUUUAUCAUGGAUUGAUUGUUUUUUUAUUCAUUCAUUCCCCCUUUUCUCUCAGCUUAUUUUUGAAGAACAACUAUUAUACAGGAUAUUUCUCCUACAUGCUUCCUUAAAGUUAUUAGUUUUUUUGUUAAUGUUACAUAAUUUUUGCCUAGCUUAGAUAGUUUGUAAAGAAUAAAAACGUUAAAAAUGACAAGUACACCUGAAUUAAAAGUAAAUGGUGUUCAUACAAUCGAGGAUGGUGUAAUAAGCCAUCGAUAUAAACGGGAUGCAUAUCACAGAGUGUUUGUCAACAGAAGUCUUAACUUGGAAAAUGUCAAGUUUUUUGGAUUUGAUAUGGAUUAUACUUUGGCAGUAUAUAAGUCACCCGAGUAUGAAAGCUUAGCGUUUGGUUUGGUGGUAGAAAAAUUGAUCCAACAGGGUUAUCCUGCGGAAUUGAAAAGUUUCAAGUAUGACCCAUCGUUUCCAAUAAGAGGCUUGAUGUUUGAUCGGUUAUAUGGAAAUUUAUUAAAGAUUGAUACAUAUGGAAAUAUUCUAUCCUGUAUUCACGGUCUAGACUUCAUCAGAGGAGAGAAACUACGACAACUCUAUCCAAAUAAGUUUGUCCAGAUGGACAAACAAAGAUUUGCAAUUUACAAUACAUUGUUCAGCCUCCCAGAGAUCUACCUGUUAGCUUGUGUGGUACAUUUGUUUGAUAAACAGAUGCCUGAAUUUAAAACUCAGAAGGAUGGAGUGGUAAACGGUGAUGUUUUUCUUUCAUACAAAAGUAUGUGCCAAGAUGUGAGAUAUUGUACAGACUGGGUACAUGCAUACGGAACAUUAAAGAGUCGAACUAUCGCCGACCGAGAUAAAUACAUAGCUAAAGAUCCUCGCAUACCCAGACUGUUAUAUAGAAUGAGAAAGGCAGGCAAGAAAACGUUUUUACUAACAAAUAGUGACUACAAAUAUACUAGGGAUGUUAUGACCUACUUGUGUGAUUGUGGAGAAGGGCCUGAGGAAGGUGUUGAUCCUCCAAACUGGAAAGACUUAUUUGAUUUAAUAGCUGUGGACGCAAGGAAACCGCUCUUUUUUGGCGAAGGUACCGCUCUGCGACAGGUCGACGAGGAGACAGGACAGCUGCGCAUUGGACGAUACACUGGUAAACAUGAGAGAGGUUUAAUAUAUUCUGGAGGAAAUUCUGAAGUUUUUUCUGAUUUGAUUGGAGCAGAAGGAAAGGAUAUUCUAUUCGUGGGCGAUCACAUAUUUGGAGAUAUUUUAAAAUCGAAGAAACAACAAGGCUGGAGAACCUACUUAGUAGUACCCGAAUUGGCACAAGAACUCGAUGUAUGGACUUUAAAACAAGACAAAUUUGAUCGCUUGCAUUCACUUGAAAUUAAACUGGCAGAUACAUACAAGGAUUUGGACUCAAAGAACACAGAUAAGAUCGAUAUUACGCAGAUACGCAAAGAUAUUCAGGAAGUUGUACACGAUAUGGAAAUGUGCUAUGGAAAGUUGGGAAGUCUUUUCAGAAGUGGUUCCAGGCAGACGUUCUUUGCUAGUCAAAGUUUACGGUAUGCCGAUUUAUAUGCUGCAUCAUGCGUCAACUUAUUAUAUUAUCCAUUCAGUUAUCUCUUCAGAGCUCCUUCGCAACUUAUGCCUCACGAAUCUACUGUUCAGCAUGAGAAAUCUAGUAAAGAAUAUGGACCAAUCGAAAACGCCCGUCGUUCGGUGUCGUUGUCUAAUGACUAUACUCUCAACACACCCUUCACAGAAGAUCAUGAAUGUGAUCACGAAAAAUCAUAAACGCCUUUGGAGCACACACUAGCUUUUUUCAUUUACUUUCCUCUGGUGGGGAAAGUUUGACGAGAAUCAACUUUCUUGUAUUUCCCAGAUUUACGCCUAUUUGACAAAACACGUGUAUUUCCAAAUCCAUGAGAAUUUGUCUUUUGUUUUUUAAUUCUUGCUAAAAAUGAAUUACUCGCGACAAUUUCAACACUUUGAGGUUUAAGGUACAGGUUUUCAAUGAAUUAUGAUGAUUAGUUAAAUUAGUAAUGCUUCUCCAUAAUAGCAGUUGACUUAAUUAAGCUGCCAACAAUUAACAACAAGAUUAUCCCCUCUGUGAAUCUCCGGUGAUAAAUAUGACACCGGCAAUUUUUUUCCACUCCAACCUAUGGAAAUUAAAAAAAAAAAUAUUUUGAAAGUGCCAGAUACCAAUAUAGUCACUAAAGAGGACCUACUUUCUUAGACAAAUUAUGGAAAUUUAAAAACUCUAAAUAGCUAAAACUACUGAAAAUAUAUAUAGAGCGAGAUAUCUCGAUAUUACGAUAAUUUAAAUAAUUUAUUUGUUUUGACUUUUUAUGUGGUUUAUAUUUUUAUAUACGUUUCAAAUGAUAUUCGUAUUAAACCCUAGAAUUGUUCAUCGGGUUUGCUACUGUUUAAAAAUUUUACAAAUAUAUAUAUUAGAUUUGUUAAUUGCUACGUUGUACCUAAUUUGUUUUAAUUUUCGUUCAUUAGUCCAGAUGUGAUUGGUGUUUUUGUAUACGAUAUCCGUCAGAAUUACGUUUUCUUUUUAUUUAUGUGGGAGUAGUUAAUAAAAAAAUGAUUCAACUUCACAAA